AAAAAACAACCGCGUCAUAAAAAAAGACAUGGCGGAUUAACCUAACGCGUGCAUGGAGUCCGCUAUUUGCUACUCGUCGUCGUUAGGUGAAGGCUUGUGUCUCCCAGCAGACGACAUUUUCUCGAACAGGUCAAAAUGUUUCGCCGGUCAAGAUUCAGUGUUCGACCCAAUGUCAGUACGGCAGGGAGAAUAGCAACAACACCUCAGGACACCCCUUCAUCAAAUCAGGAGGCCAGUGAGACGCCCAGAGACGUCGGUGAGAGCAGCACUCCUGCUGCUGUGACAGAUACCAAGGCUGCUGUGACUCCAUCAGAAAAACCUACGACCCCAGAGGAUGGCAAUGACCAAAAUGGGGAAGGUACCAGCUCCUCAGCUGCAGUCCAGAGAAGGAAGCGGUUUUCUGUCAAGCCCAGAGUGGCCCCAGGCCGCCCCUCCACCCUUCCUCGGACACCAAAGUCUCCUGUCAAGGCAGUCUGUGAAACUCCUGUUGAAGUCUCCAGCCCAAACCUCGAAAAGCCCACAACAUCCAGCCAAACUGGGACUGCAGCAGCCCCUCAAGGACUCCAGUCCCCAAGGCGACGAAAGCCUUCAGGAGAGAGCAAGCAUCCUAAAGUGCAACCUAAACCCACCCCCACCUCCUCUGACUCUGCAGGACCUUCAGUCGUCCCUGUAGCUGAGGAGUCACUAGAACAAACUGAUCUGCCGAAAGACACUGGCAAACAGUUAGAAAACAAGGCAAGCAGUCAGGUUAAAGAAGCUCCUCACAGACCAUCAGAUAAAGUGCCCCCCUCACUACCAGACAAAGAAGCUAUUGAAAUAUCAGAGAAGGCCAAGACUCUAGUGUCAUCGAAGAGUGGACUUUCACUGUCACCGUCAGCGUUCUCCUUGAGUAGACUCCUGAAUGACCCAUCCGACUUACAGAGGCUGGCAAAGGCCCAAAAGCUCAGAGAUCUGCUCAGACAGGAGAGACACAAAGAAAAGAAACUCAAGAAAGCAAAGGCACGUGCAAAGGAAUAUACUUUAGAUCCUGCCAAAAUGACAAUGAGGGACCUUAUCCGUUAUCUACCAGUGUCUAACCCCAUGACAUCUAGUUUAGAAGACUCAUCUCAAGAGAAUGAGACUGUGGUCCCGCCUUCACCAGGAAGAGAAGAGUCACCGGAGAGAGCGCAGGAACCUGAAGCCCUCCCUAAAAUAGCCGAGCCUGAGGAAGAGGAGGUGGUGGAGGACGAGCAGGAAGAAGCGCUUAUGGUUCCCCGGGUCAAAGUAGCAGAGGAUGGCUCACUGAUAAUUGAUGAAGAGAGCUUGACGGUGGAAGUCCAGCGAGCUAAAGGACCAAACCCAGCACACGAUCGAGACCCCAUCUUUGAGCGUGGGUCCACUACGACUUACUCAAGCUUCAGGAAAGGGACCUAUUCGAAACCCUGGUCCAGUGAAGAGACAGACAUGUUCUUCCUGGCAAUCAGUAUGGUGGGGACAGACUUUUCCAUGAUUUGUCAACUAUUUCCUCACAGAGCUCGAUCAGAGAUAAAGAACAAAUUCAAAAAAGAAGAGCGAGAGAAUGCCUGGAGGAUUGAUAAAGCUUUCAGAGAGAGGCGCAAACUGGACAUAGAGUAUUUUUCUAAGCUGCUAGAGAAAAUUCUGGAGGUUCAGAAAAAUAGGAAGAAACUCAAGUCGCUCGCUGAUAAGAACUCCCCCAAGAAGCACAAGAGAAAGGCAAAGGGCAAAAAAACUGCAAGGAAACUAAGUGAUGUGGAGGAGGAAGAAGGGGAGGAUGAGAAUGAAGUUCCUGACUUGGAGGAUGAGGAGGAGGGAGAGAAAGAGAAUGAGGAUCUCUAUAAUGAAGGAGGAACCUCUGCAUCUAAGCCUAAGAGGCAAUGCAAAAGAAAGACUAGAGAGUCCCCCUUGAAUGAGGAACCAAAUGAUAAGAAAAAGAAAACAGGUGAAAAGAGCAACAAACAAGGCGAGGCCUGCACACCCGAAGACACUGAAGCAGCACUUCCUGGAGACCAUACAAGUUCAGACAUGUCUGAAAAGACUGAGAAUGUGAAUGCACCCAAGGACACUGCAAUCAAACCAGCUAAACUCUCACACACCAGAGCAUCAAAAUCAGUACUACCUCUGGGCCGGAAGUGGGGUAAAAAGCCUCCACCACCCUCCACGAAGACUGUGCCAGAUAAAGGGGACGAGACUGUGAGUGAUGGAGCCUCUGAAGAGCAGGCGAAUAAAGAUUCAUCACCGUCAGCUGACAUUUCCUCUGAAGAAGAGGAUGCCACCAUUCAACCUCCAAAACCGACCAGGUAUGGGAGAGUGCCCAAGCCCACCAAACCCUUGACUUACCCUGCCAAAGAAAAUGCACACACCUCCGAUACCACUCCCACUUCACCGGUGGGGUCCACUGGUGCUGCUGCCAAGCCUAAACCCAAAUGCACAGCCAAGAGGGGAAGGUCAUCAAAGCAACCAUCAGCUCAAGAGUCCAAAAAGCCCAAACUGGUCACCCUCAGGGCCUCUCGGUCAGAGUUCAGUGAUGAUGAGGAUGAAAAGCAGCUGGAUCACGAGGAGAUUGAGGACGAGGUGGAGCAUCCUGCCUGUAGCCCCAGUAAGGACAGCAUUGCUCCUGUGUUUGUGCCUGUCAGCCUGCGCUCCCCACAGCCAGUGAUUUCAGAGGUGGAAGAGACUAUGGAGGAGCUUGAUAUCUUGGCCAAUAUGCCUGAUGUGUUGGGCAUCUCCCAAGAUGCACUGUGCCCUGAUGCCUCGUGCGAGCGGGCACAAAAUGAGACAGGCACAGUGGAACCAUGUGAACAUCAGUUGGACCUGCUGGUUGACGUUAUAGAUUUCCUUUCUUCAGAACACACAGAAGUAACUGAGGACGAGAGCUACAAUGAGGCUGCUCAAACCCUGUUGGCCAUUGGCACACUGACUCAUCUCCCUCAGUCAACAACGAAUCAAAUAGUUGCACAAGAUCACACGACAGGGACAACAACAGACAGUGUGAGAGAGACCAGGCAACCACUAGAAGAGGACGCUGCAUCAGAACCUGCUGCACAGGAGGAAGACAGUGCAGUUCCUCUUAUGUUUGUUCAUGGAGUCGCAGAAACAUCAGAGAUUACAGCUUCUGCGGAGCCACAGAACAGCACAGCAGACAGUGGUGACAUUCCCAUUAUUAAAACCAGUGAUCAGAUGUGUGCUGAGCAGAGCACUGUUUCUGAAAUGGACUCUCAGUUACAGUCAAGUCCAGAGUGCUCGAAGAAAAGUUCUCCACAGCCCAGGAGGGGACGUUUAUCCACGGUGAAAUGUAAACCUAACCUAGGCCGAGCCUCAAAGACUGCACAGCCCAAAUCCCAGCCUGACACAUCAACAGAACAGACAGCUGAAGAGGGCAACACAGAGCCUGCCAACCUUCAGGUCACUGACUCAGUAUCAGCUCCUGAAGAAAGAACCCCUACGAUACCAGAAUCUUCUUCAACAACGUUAAUAGAUGACAUUUCCUGUACUGAAGUCAGACCUUCACAAGAGCUGUCUGCCAGUCAGGAGAGGAGUCACUGCUCUUCUGAUGCCCAGUUUGAACCCAGUGGGGAACAAACCAGCGGAGACACAAAGUCAACUCAGGAGUCCUCAAAUGAAGAACUGAUGUCUCGCGCCGAAAUAAUUUCAAGUUGUUCUAAUUAUUUAGCGACAUCUGACACACCAGUCACAGGAUCACAGUUUGAACUAGGGUCAAACUGUGAUUCUGUCCCGGUCGAAGAAAGCGGUCAACAUCCCGCUGCUCUCAGCACACCUUUAGAAGAUUCACCUGUCAGUCAGAAAACAGAGAGUGACGCUGCAUCUGCUUGCCAGUCUAGAAGGAAUCGAUUGCAAAAAGUCAAACCCAAACCAAACAUACCUCAGAUAUCAAGAACUGCUCGGCCGACACCUCAAACCACAAAGGACUGUGUUGAGAAAGACUCCAGCCCAACUCCAAGCUCCAAAGUCCAAGAAAAAACAACAGUAGAGGUUGAAUCAGAAGCAACUUGUGGCACCUCUCUUGAAAAAACAAGUCAAAACAUUGGUCCUGCUUCAGUUUGUACACUAUCAUUUGAUUUAGGCUCUACUCUUACACCCACAAAGAAGCUGUCAACAAUUGAGGAGAAAAGGAUAGAUACAGAUGUUGGGCUUGUUGGUCAGGUACACUCUGUUGCAGCAUCAUCAGAUCAGAGCGCCUCAGAAAACCACAACCUUUCUGAUGCUGAUAACCCAAUGACAUCUGACUCAGCUGCCACUGUAUCACAGGUUGGACAAAACUCAGCCCCAAGAGUCCAAGAGAGCAGUGAUCAUCCUGCUACAUGUGCUACACCUGCAGAAGAUUUACCUGUCAGUCAGAAAGAAGAGAGUGAAGUUACAUCUACAUGCCAGACGAGGAGAGGUCGGUUACAAAAAGUCAGACCCAAACCAAACCUCGUACAGACAUCAAGAACUGCACGGUCUAAACCUCAAACGACGAAAGAGCCUGUCCAGCACAUGCAGCUUGUGGAGAGACCUUCCGUCCCAACUUCAGCACCUGGAUCUGCUGACAAUGUAAUAGCAGAAGUAGAAGCGCUGCCAGUUUGCAGUAUCACCCUUCCUGAACCAGGUGAAAGCAGUGGCACCGCUUCAGUUUCAGUACCAUCACUGGAAUUAUGCACUGCUCACAAACCCGCCGAGGAAUCGUCCUCAACUAUGGAACAGAAGGCAGACGUUGGACUGAACUCAAGCUCAGCGAGCUCAGAAUCAAAUGUACCUCAAAGAAGACGACACCUUCCCAAGGUUAAACCCAAUUUAGGAUCAUCCACCAGAACCAAACAUACAAAGAAUAUCGUCAAACCCUUAGAGGAACAGUAUAUGGACCCCUCUUCAAAUGUAACCUCAGAACCACAACAACCUGUGGACAAUUCACACGCACAACCGAAAUGUACAGAGGAAGACUGUAAAAAUAUGACAUUAAAUACAGAGCUCAGCUCAACAAAAUCUGUACCUACAGAAAAGAAACUAGACAGCAAAAAUGAUAAGGGUACAUCCUCUGAUGAUGUUGUCAUAGCAACAUCUUGGGUUGCUGAGAAUCAGUCUAUGUUGACAGACACAGUUCCUGAUGAUAAAAGCAGUGAAAAGUUCACAUUUGAGAGGGAACCCACUGGGGACAGAAUGUCAAGUAAUGACAGGGUGGAGGCUGGACCUGCCUCACAGGGGGACUACGAGCUGGAUAUGUCCACCAGACUUAAAGAGUUAAAUGCUCAACCAGCGUAUGAUCCAGCUGCAGUUUCAGAUGUUCACUCUUCAGAAGGUGGCUCCACGGAGUCGAAAGUAAAUUCUGUACUGGCUGCUAAUGCUCACUCCAUACCAGAUCCUAAAGAAAGCAGCCCUCAGCCUUCAGAAAGCGACCCGGAGUUAAAAAGUCAAGACGCAGCCCAACAGUGGUCAGAAACCAGGGAAACUAAUCAAACAUCAAACGACAAAUCUCCAUCUGCCGAAAGUGCUGAUGAUACACAGUCAGAGUUGACUGACUCUUCCAAGUCUUCAAAAAAAGCCCUUCAGAGCCGUAGAGCCAGGCUUAUUAAACCCAAACCCAACCUGGGAUGCAGCAGUCGACCUCCACAACCCCAACAAGACCAGAACACAACACAAGCUGAAGAUCCUGGUACACCCUCAGAACGUGUGGAUGCUUCGGUUUCCCACAAACCUGUGUCUAAACUCCAACCUGAUAUUCAGGAGCCAGUAGAGGGAGCUGUUGAACCACGAAGUCCCCUCUCUGAGUCCCCCCCGAAUGAUGCUGGGGCCUUGCUGGGCAGUUUGACACAAAUUAUCGAACAACUGAGUGAACAUGACUCCCCUCCAAAUGAUGCAGGAUCCUCUCUGGAUUGUGUGACACAAACACCGGACAAUUCUUCUCAGGACACAUCAACAUUAAAUGCAGAGGAGACCCAAAGUCAUCCAAGUCUCCCAAUAUUUCCAGACAUGCUGUCGGAGCAGGUGCCUUCAGAUCCAGAUGAACCAUUUUUCAUCCUCUCACUGACUGAGAUCCCAGUCUGCUCAUCCGGGGAUGUGGUGGACACUGCAUCUGAGCCUCUUCCUUAUCUUCCUGUAGCAGAUGCAUCAGUACCACAACAAAGCAGUGUUCCUGGAGAGUGUUUGGCAGCUGAAAUGGGAGAUGGGGCUCUCUAUAAUGUAUCUGUGCCCAUGUCCACAGAGGAGAGUGGUGAAAUGGGUCCCAGCAGUGUGAAAGACACUGGGCCAGAUCCAGCUGCAAAUUUAGAUUCGAUUAUGGAGAAUCUAGUGGAUCCACAUGAGAGUAUGAAAACCCAGCCACCCAAAUUAUCAGAGGCUGUAGAGAAUAAUGAUGAGACUGAAAUUCUCCCUACAAAGCAGGGACUGACAACAAGAACUGGAAGAAGAGCCAAACUGCAGGUUAAGCCCAAUACUUCAAGGAAGAAACAAACCAGCAAGACCCUCGCUACGAACAUCGACCAGGACUCUGAACUUCCUGGCCCUUCCAUGCAGCCAGAAGCCUCUGAUGCAACUGCAAAAGCAGACGAUGAGGUCGUCACUGAGCCACGGAAAAGAAGCAGUGAUCAUGUAAACAUUGAAAAGGAGACUCCGGCAGAUGGGAAAAGCCCUAAGGAUAACCGCUCAGGAGCACGGACUCAGACUACAAAGACCGGCGGGACCAGCGCUGAGAAUAGCGAUCCUUCAUCCGGCAAAGCAGCUUCCGAGGGCCUUAAGGUCAAAACUCCACACACACCGAGAAAACACUCCACCCCAACACCUGUAGCUUCAACAUCACACAAUGUCGCUCCCACGCCCAAUCCGACACAGCUGCCAGAGGACACCCGCUCAACAUCUUCUGCCACUUCACCAACACUAACAGAGGUGGUUAUUGAACAGGCCACUGACCACAACCGACAAUGCUCAGACUCAACUCCUAGCACUUCUCAGUUAACAGCUGAGGUUUCAGCUUCCCAGCAAAGUGACUAUGUGGAGAGCAGCUCCACAGAGGAGGAGCCCACCAGUGUGUCUCAGUACUUCUUAAGUGAUAUUUUUACAGACGUAGAAGAGGGAUAAAAGCCAUAGAGAAUUGGCUUUUUUUUUUUUUUUUUUUUUUUACCUUUUUCAAAAAUUAUUUCUUUUAAUUUUUGUUGUGUGAUAUUAUCUCUGUAAAGAUUAAUUUAUAACUAAAAGGUUGUUUUUUGUUUUUGUUUUUUUUUUGCUAUCAAUGGAAUAGUCACAUUAAUAACAAGCAUUGGUCUGUCACCAGUUUGAUUGGAGGUGGCAGCUUUUUCCUAAUAAUUCAUAAUGUUUCAAGCCUCAGUUUUCUUAAUUUGUUUACUAACCAGCUGUGACAAUGUAAAUAUUGUAAAAUUGAAAACUUUUUUUUUUUUUUUUUGCCAUAUUCCGUUUUAACACAGACCACAACGUGGGUCUCAGGAAGAGAAACAUAACCAGAUUACUUGACAACAUGUACAGUUGCACAUUUAAAUGUGUUUACCUUUUUAAUGCCUCUUCUGUAUAUUUUUAUGCAAAAAAUUGAUUGGCUUUUCAUUUAGAAAACAGACAUCGGAUACAGAAUAUAAUGAAGUACAACUGCAUCAACGUAUUCUGCAGAUUCACCCCAUACAGAGCAGAGGUAGUCAAGCUUUAUUUAAGGAAAAUAACUGCUAACAAGCAGAUAUUUUGUUUUAUUGUGUAUAUAGUGUAGAUCAUUCACUUAAAGAGGUUGUGUACAGAUACGCAGCAUUCAGAACACGUGUCCUUAAUUUAAUUAAUGAAUUUAAUUUCAGUGAAUUAAUGAAACAUUUAAGGACACGCGUCCUUAAAUGUUUCAUUUAUUCACUGAAAGUAAAACGUUGAACUCUAUAAGAUCUGAAUUAAAGUGUUCAUCCACCACCGCUGGAUUCAGCGGUCUUUAUUAUGAUGUACUAGCAGUAUUCUAAAAAAUACUGCAGAUGUUAUGAAAAUAUGAUCACCUCCUGGCAUUAAGGAUUUUGUGCAGUUUUGGAUACUGGUGUUGUGAAAUUGUCCCCUCUGUUGCUUUUGCAUCAGCCUCUUCUGACAGAGCUCAUGUAUGGCAGGUGGGACUUGAUGAACGGUACGUGACAAACCAACACACCGCUGACACGUCGAAAUCCCGUAUUUAUUUCCUGGUUGUGCACCACAGAUGGGAAUUACACUCUGAGGCACAGUAAAGGAACAACAAAUUGCACCAUACAACAUUUCAAUCCAUUUAUUCACAUAUCAAGGCUCAUGGUCUCAGAUAUUAGUGUUAACACUUCUCUGACUGUGUCACUUAAAAAUGGAACAUUACUGUAAACUAUGUAAUAUUAGUUUUGAAGCAACCUGUGUGCUUUAUAUUUAAUAAACUGUACUUAAGUAC